GACAAUUCCAAAAUAUGUCGGCAGCUUUCAUGUUGGGGGCAAUCUGUCUGCACGGGAUGGUGCCAACACACUGAACUAUGAAUGGAGCCUCGGGCUCAAAGGCCCAAGCAAACCCCAAUGGCUUCCAUUCAUGUGCUGUCUCAAUCUCUACAACAUAAUCCAAAAUUUGUCUCUUAUAGAGUAGCUUUCCUCCCGCCGAAGCUUCAAGUCAACACUGUUUCCCGGGCUUUAAUUCCAGUAAUUGGCCUCAUCACUCUUUUCGCCACUUGUGCCCCAUCUGCCUUUGUUGUAUUGCGCUGGAUCAACAGGCGAAAGAAGAGAAGUCAAGAAUUUAGUAUGAUUGAAGAUUCUUCCAUUUGCAUUUCGAGUAGCUGGUGCUCUAGGACAGAUACCAACAUUCCAACCAAUGAAAGACCGCUGGGGAGAGGGACAGUAGCCUACGCAUGCCCCCCAGUUCAUGGCGAUAUUGAAAUGAGACCUCGAGCCGGUGCAGACUUUCUCUGGGACCACGAAGCUCUUUUUGUCUCUUACGAAUCUCGAUUCUGCGUCACGAACUCAAUACAAAGCAAAAGCGCCUGCAUGCGGACCUGAGACUUCAUUACAACGCUCGUUUAGUUUGACGAGCCAAUUAAGAAGGGAAAAUAAUCUGGGUCUCAAAGGUCACCUGCAUGCAAUUAUCACCUGGUUACACUAAAAGAUUUGAUGGUGCUGGAGGGCCACAAGGUCAUGCGGUGGUGAGCGACGCGGAGAGCAAGAGGAUCAAGUCUCGUGAGAACUUGGUAGGGGCCUUAUACGAAGACAACGGCAUAAAGUAUCGGGAAUACAGGGCAUUGGGAGACUUUCAGGCUCUCCAGCGUACAGAUCAAGGUAGCAAACUCGCUACAAGG